AUGUCCGAAAAAAACAUUCAUCCAAAUAAAUACAGCGAACCGCGAAGUAUCUUUAAACACUACAUUGAUUCAUAUAUUGCAUUGUAUCAGCUGAAAACGGAAAAAGAAGAAGAAUUAAAAGAUAUUUACAAAAAGAUCAAAACAGAAUUGAUUGAUUCAAUGAAAUGCCCACCCAAAAAGAUUAUUGAAGACAUUGGAAAUAUGUUUUAUGCUAAUAAUCGCUAUACAAAAUCAUAUUUAUUUCUUGUCAAACUCAUUUAUGAUGAUUAUCAUGUUCAAGAGUUCAGCAAUAUUCCAUUCUUUGCAAAUUUCCUGCUUUAUAAAGAAUAUGGAAUUAAGUUAGACAAAUCUCUUGAUUUCGAAAAUUUUAAAUCAGAAAAUCUCGAUAUCCAUAAAGAAGAUACAAUUUACAGAGCAAUUAUGUAUAAUGACUUAGAAAGAUUCAUUGCGUUCACAGAACUAGAUGGAUUUGAUAAAGAUCAAAAAAUUGGCAGCAAUUUAUAUUCUGGAAGAUAUUCAUUACUUGAGUUAUGCUGCUAUCAUGGAGCUGUUGAUUGUUUCAAGUUUUUAAGAUCUAAAUUUAACUCAGAAAUAACUCAAACAUGUCUCAAUUUAUCAUUUUUAAGCGGAAAUCCAGAGAUCAUGAGUGAAUGCUUGAAAUAUCAACAACCAGAUAAUGAAUGCAUGAAAUAUGCAAUUAUUUCACACAACAUUGAUUUUGUUACAUUCUUGAUGAAAGAAUACGAUAUAACGAUCGAUUUAGAAAAUUGUAUAUGGUAUUGUAAUCUUGAUGCAUUUUUAGAUUAUUUCGGUCAAACUAAUGAUAUUACCAAAUGCUUUGUUUAUUCAGUAAUGUUUGAUAUACCAUCCCUUUGUGAAUUUUUCCUUUCACAUGGUGCAAAUAUCAAUGAAAAAGUUCAAAAUAAAGAAACUUCUCUUCAUUAUGCAGUAGGAAAUAAUAGUAAAGAAAUAACCGAACUUCUUAUUUCACAUGGUAUUAAUAUCAAUGAAAAAGAUAAAUUUGGAAAAACAGCUCUUCAUUAUGCAGUAGGAAAUAAUAAUAAAGAAAUAACCGAACUUCUUAUUUCACAUGGUAUAAAUAUCAAUGAAAAAGAUAAUGAUGGAAAAACAGCUCUUUAUAUUGCAGCAGGAAAUAAUAAUAAAGAAAUGGCAGAACUUCUUAUUUCACAUGGUAUAAGUAUCAAUGAAAAAGAUAAUGAUGGAAAAACAGCUCUUCAUUAUGCAGCAGGAAAUAAUAAUAAAGAAAUGGCAGAACUUCUUAUUUCACAUGGUAUAAGUAUCAAUGAAAAAGAUAAAUUUGGAAAAACAGCUCUUCAUUAUGCAACAGGAAUUAAAAGAAAAGGAAUGGCCAAACUUCUUAUUUCACAUGGCACAAUAAUAUAA